AUGGAGACGGAAGUCCACCGCCCUGCAACGCAUCGGCCCAGAGCCGUUGAGGUCCACCGCGAUCAGUACUAUUCGCCGCGGCCCGCAGCUGCGGAGCGACCUAGAGUCGUCGAGGUCCGCCGCGACCAGUACUUUGACCAGCGGGCUGUUGUUGCGGAACGACCUAGGGCUGUUGGACUCGGACGCGAUCAGUACCAUGAGCAGCGCCCUGCAGCCGGUGACAGAACGUACCAAUAUGUCAACGUUAGUCGACGCUAA